CCCAGUCUUCCGCCUGUCCGCCCGCCCAUCUUCACCUCGUCCUCCCGGUGCUGUUCAUCCUUCUCCCACCUCUUUGUCUGAGGAAUUGGGGCCUGAGGGUCCGUAAUGCUUGCUUGGCUCAAGCCAAAUGGAUUCGCGUGAUGGAGUUUGUGAUCGUCUCGGCCUAUAGGCAGCCAGUAUUGUUUGCUUUGCUCAUUUUUGCGUGUGCGCGCCAUCAUUUCGACACAUCUUUCUGUUUUGCCCUUGUUCGAGGACGGGAGCCGCGCAUCCGUUGGUCCUGAUGCUGAUUCAGCGAAUGUCCCCUGGUGCAGAGUACCGAUAAUGAUCCAGCAAUGCUUUUUCACUAUCAGGAGGACCGCGCUGAGCUGUGCCCAUCAUUGGCCCUACCAUCGACAGGUUGCUCCAUGUGGUGGAGCGCAGCUCUCGGCGCUGUUCUGUUCGUUCGUCAGUUCUUGGAGGGGGCCACCGAGUGGACCUGCAUUCAGCGAGGCUCUUGCAGCGUAUCGCAUAGAGUCUGAAGCAGGUCCUCUGGCGCGGCAUUAUACCUACGCGUUGCGCGGGUCGCAGACAGGACUUUGGUACAUAGGUUCCAGGACGUGUCCGAAUUCAGUUUCAUCGCCAGAGACAGACACAAGUUACAUGGGUUUUUCAAGUGAUUCGCAAUUCAAGCAAGAGCGAAAACACAAGUUUAUAUUGACGAAGCAUAACACGCGCGCUGAUGCUGUGAAGGCGGAGUGCUUCUUCCAUGCAUUUUAUAAUGUAGCUGCCAAUCGUGAGUUUGCCAGACGGGCACGGCAGACCUCCACCGGAUUUGAUCGUCAGGGGGUGCAGCACAGUGAAAGCACGAAACGAAAGAUGAGCGAGGCUAGGCGUGGUGGCCGAAGUCCUUUCCUUGGAAAGAGCCACAGCGACGAGACAAACAAAAAGAUGAGUGAGGCUUUGCGUGGUCACCGCCAUCCUUUCUUCGGGAAGAGCCACAGCGAUGAGACAAAGAAAAAAAUUAGCGAGGCUAGGCGUGGUGACCGAAAUCCUUUCUUUGGACAGAGCCACAGCGAUGAGACAAAGAAGAAGAAGAUAAGCGAAAGCAUGCGAGGAAGGAGCCUGAGCGAGGAGACGAAGCAAAAGAUAAGUGCGGCCCUGCGAGGGAAGACCAUCAGCGAGGAGACGAGGCGAAAGAUGAGUGAGGCUAUGCGUGGUGACCGAAAUCCUUUCUUCGGAAAGAGCCACAGCGAUGAGACAAAGAAGAAGAUAAGCGAAAGCAUGCGAGGAAGGACCAUCAGCGAGGAGACGAAGCGAAAGAUGAGUGAGGCUAAGCGUGGUGACCGACGUCCUCCCUUCGGAAAGAGCCACAGCGAUGAGACAAAGCAGAAGAUGAGCGAGAUCAUGCGAGGAAUGACCCUCAGCGAGGAGACGAAGCAAAAGAUAAGUGCGGCCCUGCGAGAAAGGACCCUCAGCGAGGAGACGGAGCGAAAGUUGAGUGAGGCUAUGCGUGGUGACCGCCAUCCUCUCUUCGGAAAGAGCCACGGCGAUGAGACAAAGAAGAACAUGAGCGAGAGCCUGCCUGCAAAGACCCUCAGCGAGGAGAUGAAGCAAAAGAUGAGGUCGACCCGACGAGGAAAGGAUAUCAGCGAGGAGACGACGCGAACGAUGAGUGAGACUAAGGGUGGUGACCGACGUCCUCCCUUUGGAAAAAAACACAGCGAGGACACACGGACAACUAUGAGGGAGACACAGCGAGGAAGGACCCUCAGCGAGGAGACGAAGAAACAGCGAGACCCUGCGAGGAAGGACCCUCAGCGAGGAGACGAAGCGAAAGAUGAGUGCGGCCCGACGAGGAAAGACCAUCAGCGAGGAGACGAAGCGAACGAUGAAUGAGACUAAGCGUAGUGACCGACAUGCUCUCUUUGGAAAGAGCCACAUCCAGGAGACAAAGAUAAGUAUGGGGGAGACCCGGUGAGCAACGACCCUCAGCGAGGAGACGAAGCGAAAUAUAGAGGCUAGGCGUGGGGACCGGAAACCUUUCUUUGGAAGGCUCCACGCUGAAGAGUCAAAGACAAGUCUACGCGGGGCCUGGCGAGGAAAGACCCUCAGCGAGGAGACAAAGCAACAUAUCAGUGAGGCUAUGCGUGAGGACUGAAAAGGUGCACCACGCUGAGGAGACAAAGCAAGAUACCAGUGAGGUUCGACGAUGGCGUCGACCUCCCUUUUCAGGAAAGCUCCGUGCGAAGGAAGCGACAGACAAGACAGCCGACGUGCGGGCAGCAGCUCUGAUUAGACGAGGCAACGUACAAACCAGGCUUCGCGCGGAAACCGAAGGAGCGGCCGAGUGAGUGAGCCCUGUGCGCGCGGGGCUGGCGCCCUCUCCUCUCGUGGAGGGCGGCGCGCGCAGGAGGCGGGGCUGAAGGGCACGAGAGCGGGGCCGCGCGAGGCGCGAUCGGCGGCCCCUGCCUCGGGAGCUGGCCGCGCCGAGGAGGCCGAGCGCCCCGCCGAUCCCCGGGGGCCCGUAGCUCCGACAUCCCUGGCCGCCGGCGGCGCGGCGGCGGCAGAGAGCGCGAGCGGGCCCCCCGUGUGCGAGCGGAGCGGGGCCUGCCUGCUGCAGGA